AUGUUAAAAAUCGAACAGUAUGGCGGUUAUGGGGGUUAUGGUGGAGGAAUUGGAGGUGGAUUUAAUAGUGAAGCAUCAGGUUGGUUGCUGCACUUGAAGAAGACCUUUUAUGGUGGCUCUUAUGGUGCUUUGCAAACAAAUGGUCAUCGACGACAAGGGCGCUACCGACGACAAGUGAUUCGAGUGCCAGGUCAAGGGCAAGGACAAGUACGCCAAGUUCGUCAACGUUUGCCGACGCCUGAACCGGAUACAUUAGAAAGAGUUUAUAUACAAAGUUCCGGGCAAGAAAUAAUCGAAGAAAUAACUGAAAUUCCAACUACUCCACCACCUCAAGUACACGAAAAAACCAUUGUUGAACCUUCAGGACCACCGCAGGUUAUUAGAAAAGUUAUACGCGUACCACCAAGAAGUGGAGGAUAUUCCCAAGGAGGAUACGCUCAGCAGGGAGGCUACAGUGGUAGUGGAAGUUUUGGAACGAUAGGACAAGCACAAGCGAACUAUGGUGGUUAUGGAUCUUACGGAUCAGGUUCAGGAGGAUAUGAACAAUAUGGGCCAGGAUACACCCAAAAUUAUGCUCAACAAGUUGUUCCUUCUUAUUCAAGCGGCCAUACAAUACAAAGCUAUGCACCAAGUAAUUUUGGGCAGGGGCAACAGUUAUACGGUGGAUAUCCACAAUAUGGUGGACAACAACAAACUAGUUCAUUUUACGGAUAUCAGCAGCAACAAAGACAUGUACAACCGCCCGUGGGCGUGUCGCCUGCUUUUUGCUUCUAUGUCUAA